UCGAUUCGAGUUAUCAUCGCGUUUGGUUGUUUUUAAUUUUGUAUGAAAAACUUUUUUGUGAGAAGAAUUGUGUUAUCUAUUUAAAUUGAAUUGAAUUUUUUCCUGUUAUCAACAAAAAACCCACAUAAAAAUGUCCCAUUCAUUCCAAAUGUAUUCUUUAAUACAAAAUACAUCUAAAUGAAGCAAUAUAAUUACAUCCGGAAAUGAACGACAAUAACAAUAGUUUCUCCAGCUAUGAUGGUUACUACUGCAAUAAUAAUUUUCAGUUUACAGAUCUAACAACACCAUUGGAUGUGAACUCCUCGAAUCAUUACUUCAGUUCAAUUACAGAAGGAUUUUCAUCACCACAACCAUUCUUAUCAGCUGUUCAACAACACCAACAACAACAACCAACAGCAGAACCAACUCAAACUCAAAAUCAAUCUUUACUAAGCUUACAUAACAAUCUACUUCCCUUUGUACAAAUUCACACCACAAAUGCCCAACCAACAAAUAAUAAUUUCGGAAAUAUAUUCCGCCGCCAGCAGAACCAUGAAGAAAUCAAAUCCGAAGAACCCAUUAAAUCAGAACAAUCCGAUGCUUCGGCUGCAAUUACUGCUAGUCAACAACAAAAUCCUACCAACAUUAGUACACCUCCUGAUUGUCAGGCUAAUAGUACUGGGAACGUGACACCACCAUCAUCUGCUAAUAAUCCGGUCCCAAAUCAACAACAACAACAACAAACACAAUCUACUCCACAAUUAACCUCUGCCAUUUCGAUACAAAGAUGCACUCAGUGUCCCUAUUUGUGUCUGCAGGCAGAAUCUUUAGAAAAGCAUGUUGCUUCGGUGCAUUUUCGAAACAACGACGAAUCACCCCAAUCGGAAUGUCAAAAUAAGAAAAUCACCUGCCCAGGUUGUGAUAAUAUAUUCUAUGCCAAGGAAUCAUUAGAAGUUCAUCUCAUCAGUGACCAUUUGAUGUGUAAAAAUGAAGCUAAACAAUUGCUUCCAGAUUUAUCAUCAGAAGAGCAACCAAGAAAAAGUAGAAUCUAUUUGAAAAAUGUCGAAUUCCUUCGAGAACCACAACGACAACAAGAAUCGAUUUUAAGUCUUGACGAUCAGGGCUUUUGUAAUGCAUUUCAAAAUGGCAAUGAUACGAAUUUGUUAAACUUGAUGUGUGACGGUAAUGAUGUGAUCCCCAUCGUCGCCGAAAAUCCUAUUCCUAUAUCAAUAUCAGAAACACAAACUGAUAAACAAAAGAUUUCCAUUAAAAGUGUCGAUGUCCUCCGGGAACCGGCACUGAUGCGCAAAGAUGAACUAAAUAAUUUCGAUUUCUUGCCUCCAGCAUCAAAUAAUGAUGAUAAUCAUAGUGAUAUACUCUGUUUGGAUGAUGGUGGUAUCAAUCGCUAUCCUAGCUUUAUUCCAUCACAAUCUGAGCUUGACGAUCUCUGCCAAGAACAGCAGCAGCAACAACCACAACAACAACUGCAGCUUCAAGGAGAACAAAUACUCCUCAAUCAGGAAAGUCAUCAACCUUUGGAUAAACCCCGCCGACCUAAAAUUUACAUAAAAAACGUAGACAUUCUGAAGGAACCGAUAUUUCUACCUCCAAACAAUUUAACCAACGUUUUGAAUGUUAACGAUGAUCUUCAUUUCAAUUUGCUUACAACAAAUGACGAUGGCAAUGAAUUUGAAGGAACCAAAUUCAUAGAAGGCAUUAAUAAUGAGUACUCGUUCGAUUGUGGUGGAAAUAAUUUCGUUGAUUGUGCUAAUUUUCUUCUUCCAUCGGAAGAUUCAAGCUUCAUGCAGCAACAAGAUUUGCCAAAGAGUAAAAUUUUCAUAAAAAAUGUCGAUAUUCUAAAGCAGCCACAAUUCCAGGAGCAACAUCAUCCCCGAAGAUCGACAAACUUCCUCCACCUACGAACCGUUGACGAAUUGAAUCUCAUGAAUAAGAAUGAAGUUGAGAAUCUCAUUGCCCCAAAUCUCGAACAGAACAUGAUCAAUACCCAACAACAGCAUUUGGUUACAAAUUCAUCGGAAAACUCAAAGAAUUCCGAAGAAGUUUGUGGUUUUCGAAUGAUGAAUUCGGAUUCGAAUUCAUUUAACAAACCUCCAGAUUUCCAGACACAACCGACUAUCAGUUGGACCAGUGAUUAUGUUUUGGAUGGAUUGGAUGCGAUUAUUGAUUCGAAUUCGUGCAGUGAACAAAAGAAUCGUCAUUACGAUCUUAAUACUCCACAGAUUUCCAUAAUAGAUGAGGUUCAUGAUGUUGGUGGUGGUAAUGAAGAUACUCAUGAUCCAGAAAUCUUAUUCGUUUGUGCUGAAGAACUUAUAAAUGAUAACCGUGAUCAGGAUGAUUGCAUUAACAGUGAUUCCAUAGAAAGAGAACAGAGAUCUUUUGAAAUUGUAGAAAUCAUGGAUGACCUGGAGCGAGACCAACCAAGUCGGGAAUCACAACCAGAGCCGGUGAUUUUGAAUCUAGUCCCAGAAACAGUAGUAGAUGAUAAAGCAGAGAAUAUGCCAUCAUUAGAUGUAGAUCCAGUGAUUGUGUCUCACGAAAAAGGUCGAAUCUAUGUUUCAGAUAAUCUAAUGGAAGUGGAUAAAGAGAGUUGUGGUGGUGUUCAAAUUCAAGUUGUAGUUCAAGAACCAAGUGAACCAGUUAAUGGUUUAAGUAAUUUUGUACCAAAGCCACGAGGGCGACCGUUUGGAUCGAAUCGAACAGGGAUAACAAAACUACGAAAACUGUAUGGCAAUAAACCGGCAGUGGUGGAUACGAGUACAAAAUGUGACUUUGAAGGUUGUUCGUUUCGUUUUAAGAAACCAGAUGUCGCGGAAUACCACAAACGGUGUCAUAAUACGGAAGGAUCUCGUCCGAUGGUUUGUCCCGAGUGUAAAUCUACAAACUUUUCCAACUGGAACACUCUGCAUACCCAUCUCUGGCGUACGCACAAAAUCGACAUGGAAUUGCAUAGUUGUGAGCUGUGCAACUUCAAAACACCAAUUUAUUCGAGAUUAGUGAAUACUCACAGUAAAAUACAUUCCGAAGAACGCAACUACAAGUGUGAUCAAUGUGAGAAGGCAUUCAAAAAUAGUAAACAGCUAAAGAAUCACCGACGAUGGCACCGAACCAUUGCAAUAGCGCCACCUCCCGAUGUGCAUCGAUGCGAGGAAUGUGGUGCGGCAUUCUCACAUUUGAAAACUUUACGAGAGCAUUUUUGCAAAAGCGGUGAUUUGUUUUGUUGUGAAGUAUGCGGCAAGACUUUAUCUUCAAGGUCAUCGCUGAAGCUGCAUAUGCUGACACACGAAUCGGCAAAGAAAUUCAAGUGCAAUUCAUGUGAUUAUAUGGCGAAUGAUCAUAAUGCUUUUAGGAGACAUCGAAUGACUCAUGACAAGAGCAAGAUGUACAUUUGUCCGUUGUGUGAUUAUAAGUCAAUUCAAAGUGUAGCUUUUCAGAAACAUAUAAGAAUCAAGCAUCCCGAGUCGGCGGAUACAAUUGUGCAUAAGUGUAAAUUUUGUCCAUUUGCAACAAUUAAUGUUGGAUUACUAACAGUUCAUUUAGCUAAGCACAAGUUGCGAGAAGAAGUAGAAAAAGAAAAACAAACAAAAACAAUUUCAAAUUCAACUUCAACUCCAAUUGCAAUUAAUGUUGCUAUUGAAUCGCCGUCAUCAUCAUCAUUGAUGACAAUGGCUGAAGAAUUUUUUUAUAAUUCUUCGGAUAGCAAUAAUGUUAGUAGUUCAAAUUCAAUUGCAUCGACUACAUCAGCUACAAGUGCAAUUGUUCUUCCUGCUGCCGUUGUAACAACAAAUACAAAUACAACAGAGCACCACCAACUAGAAAAUUAUAAGACCAUUGAAAGUUCAACAAUUAUAGAGACUGAUAAUAACCAGCAACCUAGAAAUAAAAUUAAAGUUAAGAGUGAUUUAGUAUUAACAGAUCCGGCAAAAUUCACAUCGAAUGUUGUGAGUCCAUUGUUAUUGCAUUGUUUUGAUGGUGCAGUAAGAUGAAAAUUAGUAAAAAUAUAUAUAUACAUAGUAUACCCUCAAAUG